CAUCAUCCUCAUUCUCACAAUCAACAACAACAGCAGCAGCAACAACAACAACCACCACAUCAGCUGUCUCCAGCAAUUUCAUCACCAUCACCUCCCUCUUUGCUACAUCAUCCAUCUGGCGGUGGUGUCGGAGUUGCUGGAGUUCAUCCUCCCUUUUUGGUAGGUCAACAUUUGGACAUGCAACGGCAAUCCCACUCAGAUGAUGAUAGCGGCUGUGCUCUAGAGGAAUACACUUGGGUACCACCAGGACUUCGACCUGAUCAGGUACGUUUGUACUUCUCGCAAAUACCGGAUGAUAAAGUGCCAUAUGUCAACAGUCCCGGAGAGCAAUAUCGAGUGAGACAAUUACUACAUCAACUACCGCCCCAUGAUAACGAGGUUCGUUACUGUCACUCGCUGACGGAUGAGGAACGCAAAGAACUUCGCUUAUUUUCCACACAACGUAAACGUGAUGCACUUGGACGUGGUAAUGUCAGACAGUUGAUGAGUGCACGUCCCUGUGAUGGUUGUGACGAUUUAAUUUCGACCGGUGACAUUGCCGUCUUUGCCACCCGUUUGGGUCCAAAUGCAUCUUGGCAUCCUGGCUGUUUCGUUUGCUGUGUGUGUCGGGAGUUGCUUGUUGAUCUCAUUUAUUUUCAUCGUGAUGGACGUUUGUAUUGUGGGCGUCAUCAUGCAGAAACUUUGAAGCCGAGAUGUUCAGCCUGCGAUGAGAUUAUCUUGGCAGAUGAAUGCACCGAAGCUGAAGGACGUGCCUGGCAUAUGAAUCAUUUCGCCUGCCAUGAAUGUGAAAAACAAUUGGGUGGUCAAAGAUACAUAAUGCGGGAGGGUAAACCCUACUGUCUGUUGUGUUUCGAUGCAAUGUUCGCGGAGUACUGUGAUUUUUGUGGUGAGGCCAUUGGUGUAGAUCAAGGGCAAAUGAGUCAUGACGGCCAGCAUUGGCAUGCAACUGAUGAAUGUUUUUCUUGCAAUACAUGUCGUUGUUCACUGUUGGGACGUGCAUUCCUACCCAGACGUGGUGCCAUAUACUGUUCGAUUGCCUGUAGUAAAGGUGAGCCACCAACACCAUCUGAUAGCUCGGGAACUGGCAUGUACACAACGCCCACACCACCCACUCAACGGGUUAGACCUCAGACACGCAUACCCAGCAGUCAUGCAUCAAGUUCACCGCCAAUGUCACCCUUGCAACAGCAUCAACAUCAGCAAAACUUCAAUCAAGCCAUGUAUCAGUUGCAAAGUCAGCAAAUAGCAGCCGGCAUUGGCAGCAAUGCUUCCAGUGUAGGACUGGUGGGUAUAGCAACGAAUACGGAUGGUGCUAAACAAAGUUAUCCUACCUCGGAUUCCGAUGCGGGUGUGGUCAAAGAUAUGGAACAUACAGCCGGAGAUUUUACAGAUUUCUCGGGUGGUUUGCCCUCCUCGUCUUCUCAAAAUAUGUCUCCCCUAACAUCACCCGGCGAAUUUAACCACUCUAUGCCAAAACCUAUGGAACUCAAACGUGAUGGACCAUAUAACUUUAAUGAAAUGUCACUAAAUUUGGAAAAUGCUUGGCCAACAAAACCCUUAUUGGCGGGAGCCAAUAGUUUUAAUUUGCAGCGUCAAUUACAUCAAAUAUCAGAAAUAGAGAAUUCGAAAACCUCUAGUAUGCCUGAGUUGUCACAACCAGGAAACUCUUCCACAUUUCCUCAACAAAAUCCAGCCAAUUUGCAACAGCAGCAAUUACAACAGUAUGCUUCCGAUUAUGCUCAGCAUAUGCCACAUGGCAUUACCUCGCCACCACCUUCGGAGAUUCCAGAUCUUCCAACACCAAAUCUAUCUGUAGCAUCUACAGCUCUGCCACCAGAACUUAUGGGUUCUCCAACUGCAUCUGCCGGCGAGCGUUCAAUACUCUCGCAUCAAUCUACGCAAUCCAAUCCAGGGCAUCAACCUGUGCAUCCCGUUUCUAUACUCAGUGGAGCAUCUUCUUCCUCUCCCAUGAGUGGUGAAACCAAAAAGAAAGGUGUGCGUUUCGAGGGCAUACCGUCUGAUACUCUACCACGUUCACGUAGUUACUCCGGCAAUGGAGCCGGAACCCAACGCAAUAAUGACAAUGCAACAGAGAAACAUCAUCACAGCGGUAAUGGUGGUGCCCAUUCCUCAAGACGACGUAGACGUCGUAAAUCUCAUCGUUCUGGCAGUGGUCACCGUUCCAACUCCACAACCCGAGCCGACACCUAUGCCACAGCUCAGCCACUUUCUUCUUCCUACCAGGGACCGCCUUCCGUACUGCAAACAGCUGGCAUGGAUCCCACGCGCCAUCAUCAUUCUUCGCAAAUAACUGUGGGCACCAACGAUGAAGACUCCGACGAUGCUUCCAGUGUUUGUUCAACCUGUUCGUCUAGCUCAUCGAGUUCCGAAGACUACAUGUAUCAGAUUCCUUUGCGGCGUCAUUAUGGUGGCGUACGCGUUAGUUAUGUACCCAAUGAUGCCUUGGCAUACGAUCGCAAGCGCAAACCUUCGGAUCCAAAUGAUAAAGAUAAAAACUGUAUUAUUUCGUGAUUUACAAGUGAGAGCGUACACAAACUGCUGAUGUACAUGAAUUGAAAUUAGUUAAACAGGUUGUUCGAUGGUUGGCUGGUCCGCUGCUCUACGCAAUUUUCAUCUUAAACACUAUAAUUUAUGCAGUUUGUGAAUGUGAAUUAAGUAGAGAUAGGAGUGGCAACAGCAGAGGCAACGAUAGAUGCCACAUUUUAAUUAAGGGUCUUUUAUGUUGUUGGUGUUGUUGUUUUUGGUUAAGUUUUGCAGCUAACUAAUGCCUAGAAGCACAUAGAAAUAUCAUGUAUUUCUCUUGAUAUGAAACAUACACCUAAU